UGGCCGUGUUAAAAGUAUUAUUGCUUAUUAGCUUUGCAGUGGCCUCACUCGCCCAGAAUUAUAACAAUCAAUAUAAUUCAGGAAGAAACGUAGAACGACCAUGUGAGGUAUUCGAGAUGAAUUGCAUCCGCCAAUUUCUGGCGAAACACGCGAAAUGCAAGCCGGUGCAUGGGAGCGUACCGGAGCCCUACUACAGGGCACAGACUAGGGCUCUGCUGCCCAACAUCAAUAGUACUCUGACCCUGGAUGAUGUGGAGUAUAAGGGAUUGAAUGGCAGAGUCCAGGAAUUUUCCAUCAACCGCGAGUCAGAUAAGCUAGUGCUGGCGGUGGAAUUCCGUAACCUGUACACGGCGUCCGACCGCACUCAUUUCACAGUGUACCGCCGCGCGCGCGAGCCCAUCACCACCGUCGACUUCCUCAAGGUCCUCUACAAAUCUAUGACAAUUACAAUUGUGAUCCCGGAUUUAAAGAGUCUGAAACUGGAGCAGGCGGAGACCUUCUCGUACGUAGACGACGGAGCACCCAGGAUAACUAUUGGGCCGAACGCUUUCAAUAGCCCAGAUCCCACUGUAAGGCGGGCUGCGGCGGAGUUCUACCCCAGCCUACCCAUCGGAGUCAGGGAGGCCUACCUCACAGAAGGCAGCUUCAUCAUAAUCACCUUCAUACAGAAAACUCUCUGUGACUUCGGCCUCAAUGUCCUAUAA